AUGAUGCUUAUUCAUCUUACUUUAAUGGAUUAAAUUUAUCAUCAGAAACAAAAACAAACAGAGGAAAAUUAUUAUUUUUUUAUUGAUAGAAGUGAUUAAAUGAAAGGAUAAAGAAUUCAAAUAGCAAAGCAAUUAUUAGUUGUAUUCUUAUAAAUUUUACCAGAAUUCUUUUUAGAGCUAAUGGAAAAGAAUGUUUAAAAAACAAUAAUAUUAUAAUCAAUAAUAAUUAAAUAAAGCAAUCUAAUUAUUCAGUUAGAUUUACCAGAAAGAAAUAUUUCACAAAUUAUCCAAAAUCAAUCACUACAAUUAAAAAAAUGA